AUGCCUCAUCACACUCGUGAUUUUCCUCAUGGAUUUGCUCCUGAAGACCUGAUUGAGGAGAGUCAAGAGCAGAAGGAUAUGGAAGAAAAAGAGCAGAAAGAGAAAGAUCGCGAUUUCAAAAUUGGAGAAAAAUCCACACAGAGUAAAAAUUGCUCUUCUCAAAAAAGUGUCCAGAAGAUUGAAUCUAAGAGCUUUUUUACCUGUCAGCAGUGUGGAAAGAGUUUCACUACCAAUAAAAGCCUUAAAAUACACAUGAGAAUUCACACUGGAGAAAACCUUUACAUCUGUCAACAGUGUGGAAAGAGUUUCAAUCGAAAAGGAAACCUUGAAAUCCACAUGAGACUUCACUCUGGAGAGAAGCCUUACACUUGCACUCAGUGUGGAGGGAGUUUUACACAUAAAAGCAAUCUUAAUUACCACAUGAGAACUCACAGUAAAGACAGAUUCACCUGCCAACAGUGUGGAAAGAAUUUCAUUCAUAAACAUAUCCUGGCAGUCCACAUGAAGAGUCACAUCGGAGAGAAACAUUUUAUCUGUAAACAGUGUGGAAAGUGUUUCACUCGAAAAGGAAACCUUAAAAUUCACAUGAGAAGUCACACCGGAGAAAAGCCUUAUACCUGCUCUCAGUGUGGACAGAGAUUUGCACAUAAAUGCAACCUUAAUUCCCACAUGAGAACUCACAGUAAAGACAGCUCCUUCACCUGCCAACAAUGUGGGAAGAAUUUCCCUCAAAAACAAAACCUCGAAGUACACAUGAGGAUUCACACCGGAGAGAGACAUUUUAUCUGUAAACAGUGUGGAAAGAGUUUCAAUCAAAAAGGAAACCUUGAAAUCCACAUGAGAGUUCACUCUGGAGAGAAGCCUUACACUUGCUCUCAGUGUGGAAAGAGUUUUAGUCAUGAAAGCACCUUUAAGGUCCACAUGAGGAUUCACUCUGGAAAGAAGCCUUACACUUGCACUCAAUGCAGAAAGGGUUUUACUCACAAAAACACCUUUAAUUACCACAUGAGAACUCACACAGGAGAGAAGCUGUUCGCAUGUGAUCAAUGUGGAAAGAGCUUCACACAGAACUAAGCCGUAGAUAUCACAUGACCAUUCACACCGGAGAGAAACAGUUCAUAUGUGGUCAGUGUGGAAAAAGCUUCGCACAUCUAGCAGGCCUAAAUUACCACAUGAGAAUUCACACAGGAGAGAACUGUUUUAUAUGUCAGCUAUGUGGAAAGAGUUUUAGUCAAAAAUAUAGCCUAAAAAUUCACAUGAGAGAUUCACACUGAAGAGAAUUUCUUCACCUGCAAAUCUGAGUGAACGUCCACUGCUGCUGAGUGUGGGCCAAAUCUGA